AUGGCUAUCCUGGGGGAUAUUAUCCAACUCCAAUCACAGAGCCGGCAUCCCCGGCUUGCUGGUGCGCGGGAUACGCUAGAUCCACCCCAGUGUAUCAGCGCCAUCGAGUCAAUGCUUGCUUGCUGCGAGCGAAGCUUGCGCAUGUUACAGAGAGUCAGUGCAUCUUUCAACUCGCUUCCCAUUGAUCCUGAACAGGAACGCGAUCUUCUCGUCCGGUGUACCACGACAUGCAAAGACCCUUGGGCAAGCAGUUUGGCGGACCGCGCAGGGGGAAUUCUCCACUUGCAACGACACGCGGUGCUUGUCUUGGCCUAUAUCCAGUACCUCAUCUGGUUCCUGCGCAUGCUGCUCGAGUCGACUGUCCAGAUUCAUCCCGACAAUCGCCCGUCGCCGCCGCCAACUCGGCUAGUUGCUUCCAAGGAGCGCAUCGCCCGCAUCUUGGAAAUCGACCGCAAUCUCUCCUUCAUGCACCUGAUAUUUAGCGUCUGUCUGAAACGCACUCAUGGAAGUUUCGUUCCGAAUGCAAACUAA